CCUUUAGAGAUAGGGGCGCGCUAGCGCUUUACUAAUAGAAUAGAAUCGCUCCUGUUAUAUAUAUAAUAGAAAGUAAAGGUGGCUGAGAAGCUGUUGCUUGCUGUCUACUUCGCGAGCCCACUGCCCCGUUCUGUAACUUCCUGCCCUUCUUUCGUCCGUCCACGAGGCUGUAAAAAGAGAGAAAGGGGCGGCUAUCUAGUGGGAGUCGUUUCGGUUGUAUGCCACGAGGUCCCUAUGGACAAGGGGACAAGUGAAUCAUCGCUUUUGGGUGCAGGCAGCCCUCUACCAUCCAUCCCAUUGCAUUCCAUCGUCUCGUAUUGUACUGUACCGUAUCUGACCAGAUACAUCUAUUGAGUGAGAGAAAGGUACACAUAAACCACUUAAAUUUUUCAUAAUGAUAAAUGUGCACGAUUACGAACUCUUAUUACUGAGUCAAAAUUGCACAAUAUGGUGAAUUUCCUCUCCAAAUGUCUUGUAAUGUUGAUGGACAUGUGAUUUAAUGAUCGGUUUAGUCAUAUAAACACAUAAACCGCUUAAUUGUGUCAUAAUGACAAUAUAUGCACGAGUACGAACUCUUAUUACCGAGUUCAAAUUGCACAAUAAGGUGGAUUUGCACUCCAAAUGUCUUGUAAUGUUGAUAGACAUGUGAUUCUUUGAUUGGUUUAGUCAUAUAAACGACAUAAACCACUUAAAUUUUUCAUAAUGACAAGAUGUGCACGAGUACGAACUCUUAGUACCGAGUUCAGAUUGCACAAUAAGGUGGAUUUGCACUCCAACUGUCUUGUAAUGUUGGUGGACAUGUGAUUCAAUGAUUAGUUUCGGCAUAUGAACACAUAAACCGCUUAAUUGUGUCAUAAUAACAAGAUGUGCACGAGUACGAAUUCUUAGUACCGAGUUCAGAUUGCAAAAUAAGGUGGAUUUCCUCUCCAAAUAUCUUGUAAUGUUGAGGGACAUGUGAUUCAAUGAUUGGUUUAGUCAUAUAAACACAUAAACCGCUUAAUUGUGUCAUAAUGGCAAGAUAUGCAUGAGUACGAACUCCUAUUACCGAGUUCAAAUUGCACAAUAAGGUGGAUUUGCACUCCAAAUGUCUUGUAAUGUUCAUAGACAUGUGAUUCUUUGAUUGGUUUAGUCAUAUAAACACAUAAACCACUUAAAUUUUUCAUAAUGACAAGAUGUGCACGAAUACGAACUCUUAGUACCGAGUUCAGAUUGCACAAUAUGGUGGAUUUGCACUCCAAAUGUCUUGUAAUGUUGGUGGACAUGUGAUUCAAUGAUUGGUUUAGUCAUAUGAACACAUAAACCGCUUAAUUGUUUCAUAAUGACAAGAUGUGCACGAGUACGAACUCUUAGUACCGAGUUCAAAUUGCACAAUAAAGUGGAUUUGUACUCCAAAUUUCUAGUAAUGUUGGUGGACAUGUGAUUCAAUGAUUGGUUUAGUCAUAUAAACACAUAAACAGCUUAAUUGUAUCAUAAUGACAAGAAGUGAACGAGUACGAACUCUUAGUACCGAGUCCAAAUUGCACAAUAAGGUGGAUUUUCAUUCCUGUGAUUCUUUGAUUGGUUUAGUAAAAUAAACACGUACACCAAUUAAUUGUGUCAUAAUGACAAUACGUGCACGAGUACAAACUCUUCCAAAUUGCACAAUAAGGUGGAUUUGAACUCCAAUUGUCUUGUAAUGUUGAUAGACAUGUGAUUCUUUGAUUGGUUUAGUCAUAUAAACACAUAAACCACUUAAUUGUGUCAUAAUGACAAGACGUCCACGAGUACGAACUCUUAGUACCAAGUCCAAAUUGUACAAUAAGGUGGAUUUGAACUCCAAAUGUCUUGUAAUGUUGAUAGACAUGUGAUUCUUUGAUUGGUUUAGUCAUGUAAACACAUAAACCGCUUAAUUGUGUAAUCAUAGAAAGAUGUGCACGAGUACGAACUCUUAGUAGCGAGUCCAAAUUGCACAAUAAGGUGGAUUACGCACUCCAAAUGUCUUGUAAUGUUGAUGGACAUGUGAAUCAAUGAUUGGUUUAGUCAUAUAAACACAUAAACCGCUUAAAUUUUUCAUAAUGACAAGAUGUGCACGAUUACGAACUCUUAGUACUGAGUCAAAAUUGCACAAUAAGUUUUAUUUCCUCUCCAAAUGUCUUGUAAUGUGGAUGGACAUGUGAUUCAAUGAUUGGUUUAGUCAUAUAAACACAUAAACCGCUUAAAUUUUUUCAUAAUGACAAGAUGUGCACGAGUAUGGACUCUUAGUACUGAGUCAAAACUGCACAAUAAGGUGGAUUUCCACUGCAAAUGUCUUGUAAUGUUGAUGGACGUGUGAUUCAAUGAUUGAUUUAGUCAUAUAAACACAUAAACCGCUUAAUUGUAUAUUAAUGAUAACAGAUGCACGAGUACGAACUCUUAUUACCGAGUUCAAAUUGCACAAUAAGGUGGAUUUGCACUCCAAAUGUCUUGUAAUGUUGAUAGACAUGUGAUUCUUUGGUUGGUUUAGUCAUGUAAACACAUAAACCGCUUAAAUUUUUCAUAAUGACAAGAUGUGCACGAGUACGAACUCUUAGUACCGAGUCCAAAUUGUACAAUAAGGUGGAUUACGCACUACAAAUGUCUUGUAAUGUUGAUGGACAUGUGAUUUAAUGAUUGGUUUUUUCAUAUAAACACAUAAACCUCUUAAUUGUUUCAUAAUGACAAGAUGUGCACGAGUACGAACUCUUAGUACCGAGUUCAAAUUGCACAAUAAGGUGGAUUUGCUCUCCAAAUGCCUUGUAAUGUUGAUAGACAUGUGAUUCUUUGAUUGGUUUAGUCAUAUAAAAAAAUAAACCACUUAUUUGUGUAAUAAUGACAAGACGUGCACGAGUACGAAGUCUUAGUACUGAGUCCAAAUUGCACAAUAAGAUGGAUUUGCUCUCCAAAUGUCUUGUAAUGUUGGUGGACAUGUGAUUCAAUGAUUGAUUUAGUCAUAUAAACACAUAACCGCUUAAUUGUAUCAUAAUGACAAGAAGUGAACGAGUACGAACUCUUAGUACCGAGUCCAAAUUGCACAAUAAGGUGGAUUUUCAUUCCUGUGAUUCUUUGAUUGGUUUAGUAAUAUAAACACAUUCACCACUUAAUUGUGUCAUAAUGACAAUACGUGCACGAGUAAGAACUCUUAGUACCUGGUCCAAAUUGCACAAUAAAGUGGAUUUGAACUCCAAUUGUCUUGUAAUGUUGAUAGACAUGUGAUUCUUUGAUUGGUUUAGUCAUAUAAACACAUAAACCAAAUAAUUGUGUCAUAAUGACAAGAUGUCCACGACAACGAACUCUUAGUACCAAGUCCAAAAAUUACAAUAAGGUUUAUUUGAACUCCAAAUGUCUUGUAAUGUUGAUAGACAUGUGAUUCUUUGAUUAGUUUAGUCAUGUAAACACAUACACCGCUUAAUUGUGUAAUCAUAGAAAGAUAUGCACGAGUACGAACUCUUAGUAGCGUGUCCAAAUUUCACAAUAAGGUGGAUUACGCACUCCAAAUGUCUUGUAAUGUUGAUGGACUUGUGAAUCAAUGAUUGGUUUAGUCAUAUAAACACAUAAACCGCUUACAUUUUUCAUAAUGACAAGAUGUGCACGAUUUCGAACUCUUAGUACUGAAUCAAAAUUGCACAAUAAGGUGGAUUUCCUCUCCAAAUGUCUUGUAAUGUUGAUGGACAUGUGAUUCAAUGAUUGGUUUAGUCAUACAAACACAUAAACCACUUAAUUGUGUCAUAAUGACAAGAUAUGCACGAGUACGAACUCUUAUUACCGAUUUCAAAUUGCACAAUAAGGUGGAUUUGCACUCCAAAUGUCUUGUAAUGUUGAUAGACAUGUGAUUCUUUGAUUGGUUUAGUCAUGUAAACACAUAAACCGUUUAAAUAUUUCCUAAUGACAAGAUGUGCAUGAGUACGAACUGUUAGUAGCGAGUCCAAAUUGUAUAAUAAGGUGGAUUAAGCACUCCAAAUGUCUUUUAAUGUUGAUGGACAUGUGAUUCAAUGUUUGGUUUAGUCAUAUAAAAACAUAAACCUCUUAAUUGUUUCAUAAUAACAAGAUGUGCACGAGUACGAACUCUUAGUACCGAGUCCAAAUUGCACAAUAAGGUGGAUUUCCACUCCAAAUGACUUGUAAUGUUGAUAGACCCGUGAUUCUUUGAUUGGUUUACUCAUAUAAACUAAUAAACCAAAUAAUUGUUUCAUAAUGACAAGACCUGCACGAGUACGAACUCUUAGUACCGAGUCCAAAUUGCACAAUAAGGUGGAUUUGCACUCCAAAUGUCUUGUAAUAUUGGUGGACAUGUGAUUCAAUGAUUAGUUUAAUCAUAUAAACACAGAAACCACUUAACUGUGUCAUAAGGACAAGACGUGCACGAGUGCAAAUUCUUAAUACCGAGUCAAAAUUGCACAAUAAGAUGGAUUUGCACUCCAAAUUUCUUGUAAUGUUGAUAUACAUGUGCUUCUUUUUUUGGUUUAGUCAUAUAAACACAUAAACCACUUAAUUGUGUCAGAAUGACAAGACGUGCACGAGUACGAACUCUCAGUACUGAUUCCAAAUUGCACAAUAAGGUGGAUGUGCACUCCAAAUGUCUUGUAAUGUUGGUGUACAUGUGAUUCAAUGAUUGGUUUAGUCAUAUAAACUCAUAAUCCGCUUAAUUGUAUCAUAAUGACAAGAAGUGAACUAGUUCGAACUCUUAGUACCGAGUCCAAAUUGCACAAUAUGGUGGAUUUGCACUCCAAGUGUCUGGUAAUGUUGAUAGACCUGUGAUUCGUUGAUUGGUUUAGUCAUAUAAACACAUAAACCACUUAAUUGUGUCAUAAUGACAAAACGUGCACGAGUACGAAAUCUUAGUACCUAGUCCAAAUUGCACAAUAAGGUGGAUUUGAACUCCAAUUGUCUUGUAAUCUUGAUAGACCUGUGAUUCUUUGAUUGGUUUAGUCAUAUAAACACAUACACCACUUAAUUGUGCCAUAAUGACAAGACGUUCACGAGUACGAACUCUUAUUACCUAGUCCAAAUUGCACAAUAAGGUGGAUUUGAACUCCAAUUGUCUUGUAAUGUUGAUAGAAAUGUGAUUUUUUGAUUGGUUUAAUCAUAUAAACUCAUAAACCAAUUAAUUUUUUCAUAAUGACAAGACGUCCACGAAUACGAACUCGUAGUACCAAGUCCAAAUUGUACAAUAAGGUGGAUUUGCACUCCAAAUGUCUUGUAAUGUUGAUUUACAUGUGAUUCUUUGAUUGGUUUAGUCAUGUAAACACAUAAACCGAUUAAAUUUAUCAUAAUGACAAGAUGUGCACGAGUACGAACUCUUAGUACUGAGUCAAAAUUGCACAAUAAGGUGGAUUUCUUCUCCAAAUGUCUUGUAAUGUUGAUGGACAUGUGAUUCAAUGAUUGGUUUAGUCAUAUAAACACAUAAACUGCUUAAUUGUGUCAUAAUGACAAGAUAUGCACGAGUACGAACUCCUAUUACCGAGUUCAAAUUUCACAAUAAGGUGGAUUUGCACUCCCAAUAUCUUAUAAUGUUGAUAGACCUGUGAUUCGUUGAUUGGUUUAGUCAUAUAAACACAUAAACCACUUAAUUGUGUCAUAAUGACAAGACGUGCACGAGUACGAAAUCUUAGUACCUAGUCCAAAUUGCACAAUAAGGUGGAUUUGAACUCCAAUUGUCUUGUAAUGUUGAUAGACCUGUGAUUCUUUGAUUGGUUUAGUCAUAUAAACACAUACACCACUUAAUAUGCCAUAAUGACAAGACGUGCACGAGUACGAGCUCUUAGUACUGAGUCCAAAUUGUACAAUAAGGUGGAUUUGCACCCAAAUGUCUUGUAAUGUUGGUGGACAUGUGAUUCAAUGAUUGGUUUAGUCAUAUAAACACAUAAACCGCUUAAUUGUAUCAUAAUGACAAAAAGUGAACGAGUACGAACUCUUAGUACCGAGUCCAAAUUGCACAACAAGGUGGAUUACGCACUCCAAAUGUCUUGUAAUGUUGAUGGACAUGUGAUUCUUUGAUUGGUUUAGUCAUAUAAACACAUAAACCAAUGAAUUAUGUCAUAAUGACAAGACGUCCAUAAGUACAAAUUGUACAAUAAGAUGGAUUUGCACUCCAAAUGUCUUGUAAUGUUGAUAGACAUGUGAUUCUUUGAUUGGUUUAGUCAUAUAAACUCAUAAACCGCUUAAUUGUAUCAUAAUGACAAGAUGUGAACGAGUACAAACUCUUAGUACCGAGUCCAAAUUGCACAAUAAGGUGGAUUUGCACUCCAAAUGUCUUGUAAUGUUGGUGGACAUGUGAUUCAAUGAUUGGUUUAGUCAUAUAAACUCAUAAUCCGCUUAAUUGUAUCAUAAUGACAAGAAGUGAACUAGUACGAACUCUUAGUAUCGAGUCCAAAUUGCACAAUAAGAUGGAUUUGCACUCCAAAUGUCUUGUAAUGUUGAUAGACCUAUGAUUCGUUGAUUGGUUUAGUCAUAUAAAUACAUAAACCAAUGAAUUAUGUUAUAAUGACAAGACGUCCACGACUACGAACUCCUAGUACCAAGUACAAAUUGUACAAUAAGGUGGAUUUGCACUCCAAAUGUCUUGUAAUUUUGAUAGACAUGUGAUUCUUUGAUUGGUUUCGUCAUGUAAACACAUACACCGCUUAAUUGUGUAAUCAUAAAAAGAUGUGCACGAGUACGAACUCUUAGUAGCUAGUCCAAAUGGCACAAUAAGGUGGAUUACGCAUUCCAAAUGUCUUGUAAUGUUGAUGGACAUGUGAUUCAAUGAUUGGUUUAGUCAUAUAAACACAUAAACCGCUUAAUUGUGUCAUAAUGACAAGAUAUGCACGAGUACGAACUCUUAUUACCGAGUUCAAAUGGCACAAUAAGGUGGAUUUGCACUCCAAAUUUCUUGUAAUGUUGAUAUACAUGUGCUUCUUUGAUUGGUUUAGUCAUAUAAACACAUAAACCACUUAAUUGUGUCAGAAUGACAAGACGUGCACGAGUACGAACUCUCAGUACUGAUUCCAAAUUGCACAAUAAGGUGGAUGUGCACUCCAAAUGUCUUGUAAUGUUGGUGUACAUGUGAUUCAAUGAUUGGUUUAGUCAUAUAAACUCAUAAUCCGCUUAAUUGUAUCAUAAUGACAAGAAGUGAACUAGUACGAACUCUUAGUACCGAGUCCAAAUUGCACAAUAUGGUGGAUUUGCACUCCAAAUGUCUUGUAAUGUUGAUAGACCUGUGAUUCUUUGAUUGGUUUAGUCAUAUAAACACAUAAACCACUUAAUUGUGUCAUAAUGACAAGUCGUGCACGAGUACGAACUCUUAGUACCUAGUCCAAAUUGCACAAUAAGGUGGAUUUGAACUCCAAUUGUCUUGUAAUGUUGAUAGACCUGUGAUUCUUUAAUUUGUUUAAUCAUAUAAACACAUACACCACUUAAUUGUGCCAUAAUGACAAGACAUGCACGAGUACGAACUUUUAGUACCUAGUCCAAAUUGUACAAUAAGGUGGAUUUGCACUCCAAAUUUCUUGUAAUGUUGAUAGACAUGUGAUUCUUUGAUUGGUUUAGUCAUGUAAACACAUAAACCGAUUAAAUUUAUCAUAAUGACAAGAUGUGCACGAGUAUGAACUCUUAGUACUGAGUGAAAAUUGCACAAUAAGGUGGAUUUCUUCUCCAAAUGUCUUGUAAUGUUGAUGGACAUGUGAUUCAAUAAUUGGUUUAGUCAUAUAAACACAUAAACCGCUUAAUUGUGUCAUAAUGACAAGAUGUGCACGAGUACGAACUCCUAUUAAUGAGUUCAAAUUGCACAAUAAGGUGGAUUUGCACUCCAAAUAUCUUGUAAUGUUGAUAGACAUGUGAUUCUUUGAUUGGUUUAGUCAUAUAAACACAUAAACCGCUUAAUUGUUUCAUAGUGACAAGAUGUGCACGAGUACGAACUCUUAGUACUGAGUUCAAAUUGCACAAUAAGGUGGAUUUGCACCCCAAAUGUCUUAUAAUGUUGGUGGACAUGUUAUUCAAUGAUUCGUUUAGUCAUAUAAACACAUAAACCAAUUAAUUUUGUCAUAAUGACAGACAUCCACCAGUGCGAACUCUUAGUACCAAGUCACAAAUUGUACAAUAAGGUGGAUUUGCACUCCAAAUGUCUUGUAAUGUUGAUAGACAUGAGAUUCUUUGAUUGGUUUAGUCAUGUAACCACAUAAACGCUUAAAUUUUUCAUAAUGACAAGAUGUGCACGAGUACGAACUCUUAGUACUGAGUCAAAAUUGCACAAUAAGGUGGAUUUCCACUCCAAAUGUCUUGUAAUGUUGAUGGACAUGUGAUUCAAUGAUUGGUUUAGUCAUAUAAACACAUAAACCGCUUAAUUGUGUCAUAAUGACAAGAUAUGCACGAGUACGAACUCCUCUUACCGAAUUCAAAUUGCACAAUAAGGUGGAUUUGCACUCCAAAUGUCUUGUAAUGUUGAUAGACAUGUGAUUCAAUGAUUGGUUUAGUCAUACAAACACAUAAACCGCUUAAUUGUUUCAUAGUGACAAGAUGUGCACGAUUACGAACUCUUACUACCGAGUUCAAAUUGCACAAUAAGGGGGAUUUGCACUCCAAAUGUCUUGUAAUGUUGAUAGACAUAUGAUUCAGUGAUUGGUUUAGUCAUAUAAACACAUAAACCGCUUAAUUGUUUCAUAAUGACAAGAUGUGCACGAGUACGAACUCUUAGUACCGAGUUCAAAUUGCACAAUAAGGUGGAUUUGCACUCCAAAUGUCUUGUAAUGUUGGUGGACAUGUGAUUCAAUGAUUGGUUGUCAUAUAAACACAUACACCGCUUAAUUGUAUCAUAAUGACAAGAAGUGAACGAGUACGAACUCUUAGUACCAAGUCACAAAUUGUACAAUAAGGUGGAUUUGCACUCGAAAUGUCUUUUAAUGUUGAUAGACAUGAGAUUCUUUGAUUGGUUUAGUCAUGUAAACACAUAAACGCUUAAAUUUUUCAUAAUGACAAGAUGUGUAGAGUACGAACUCUUAUUACCGAGUUCAAAUUGCACAAUAUGGUGGAUUUGCACUCCAAAUGUCUUGUAAUGUUGAUAGACAUAUGAUUCAGUGAUUGGUUUAGUCAUAUAAACACAUAAACCGCUUAAUUGUUUCAUAAUGACAAGAUGUGCACGAGUACGAACUCUUAGUACCGAGUUCAAAUUGCACAAUAAGGUGGAUUUGCACUCCAAAUGUCUUGUAAUGUUGAUAGACAUGUGAUUCUUUGAUUGGUUUAGUCAUAUAAACACAUAAACCGCUUAAAUUUUUCAUAAUGACAAGAUGUGCACGAGUACGAACUCUUAGUACUGAGUCCAAAUUGCACAAUAAGGUGGAUUUGCACUCCAAAUGUCUUAUAAUGUUGGUGGACAUGUGAUUCAAUGAUUGGUUUAGUCAUAUAAACACAUAAACCGCUUAAUUGUUUCAUAAUGACAAGAUAUGCACGAGUACAAACUCUUAUUACCGAGUUCAAAUUGCACAAUAUGGUGGAUUUGCAUUCCAAAUGUCUUGUAAUGUUGAUAGACAUAUGAUUCAGUAGUUGGUUUAGUAAUAUAAACACAUAAACCGCUUAAUUGUUUCAUAAUGACAAAAUGUGCACGAGUACGAACUCUUAGUACCGAGUUCAAAUUGCACAAUAAGGUGGAUUUGCACUCCAAAUGUCUUGUAAUGUUGGUGGACAUGUGAUUCAAUGAUUGGUUGUCAUAUAAACACAUAAACCGCUUAAUUGUAUCAUAAUGACAAGAAGUGAACGAGUACGAACUCUUAGUACCAAGUCCAAAUUGUACAAUAAGGUGGAUUUGCACUCCAAAUGUCUUGUAAUGUUGGUGGACAUGUGAUUCAAUGAUUGGUUCAGUCAUAUAAACACAUACACCGCUUAAUUGUUUCAUAAUGACAAGAUAUGCACGAGUACGAACUCUUAUUACCGAGUUCAAAUUGCACAAUAUGGUGGAUUUGCACUCCAAAUGUCUUGUAAUGUUGAUAGACAUAUGAUUCAGUGAUUGGUUUAGUCAUAUAAACACAUAAACCGCUUAAUUGUUUCAUAAUGACAAGAUGUGCACGAAUACGAACUCUUAGUACCGAGUUCAAAUUGCACAAUAAGGUGGAUUUGCACUCCAAAUGUCUUGUAAUGUUGGUGGACAUGUGAUUCAAUGAUUGGUUGUCAUAUAAACACAUACACCGCUUAAUUGUAUCAUAAUGACAAGAAGUGAACGAGUACGAACUCUUAGUACCAAGUCACAAAUUGUACAAUAAGGUGGAUUUGCACUCCAAAUGUCUUGUAAUGUUGAUAGACAUGAGAUUCUUUGAUUGGUUUAGUCAUGUAAACACAUAAACGCUUAAAUUUUUCAUAAUGACAAGAUGUGCACGAGUACGAACUCUUAGUACUGAGUCCAAAUUGCACAAUAAGGGGGAUUUCCACUCCAAAUGUUUUGUAAUGUGGAUGGACAUGUGAUUCAAAGAUUGGUUUAGUCAUAUAAACACAUAAACCGCUUAAUUAUUUCAUAAUGACAAGAUGUGCACAAGUACGAACUCUUAGUACCGAGUUCAAAUUGCACUAUAAGGGGGAUUUGCACCCCAAAUGUCUUAUAAUGUUGGUGGACAUGUGGUUCAAUGAUUGGUUUAGUCAUAUAAACACAUAAACCGCUUAAUUGUUUCAUAAUGACAAGAUAUGCACGAGUACAAACUCUUAUUACCGAGUUCAAAUUGCACAAUAUGGUGGAUUUGCAUUCCAAAUGUCUUGUAAUGUUGAUAGACAUAUGAUUCAGUGAUUGGUUUAGUCAUAUAAACACAUAAACCACUUAAUUCUUUCAUAAUGACAAGAUGUGCAAGAGUACGAACUCUUAGUACCAAGUCACAAAUUGUACAAUAAGGUGGAUUUGCACUCCAAAUGUCUUGUAAUGUUGAUAGACAUGAGAUUCUUUGAUUGGUUUAGUCAUGUAAACACAUAAACGCUUAAAUUUUUCAUAAUGACAAGAUCUGUAGAGUACGAACUCUUAUUACCGAGUUCAAAUUGCACAAUAUGUUGGAUUUGCACUCCAAAUGUCUUGUAAUGUUGAUAGACAUAUGAUUCAGUGAUUGGUUUAGUCAUAUAAACACAUAAACCGCUUAAUUGUUUCAUAAUGACAAGAUGUGCACGAGUACGAACUCUUAUUACCGAGUUCAAAUUGCACAAUAAGGUGGAUUUGCACUCCAAAUGUCUUGUAAUGUUGGUGUACAUGUGAUUCAAUGAUUGGUUUAGUCAUAUAAACACAUAAACCGCUUAAUUGUAUCAUAAUGACAAGAAGUGAACGAGUACGAACUCUUAGUACCGAGUCCAAAUUGCACAAUAAGGUGGAUUUGUGGUCCAAAUGUCUUGUAAUGUUGAUAGACCUGUGAUUCUUUGAUUGAUUUAGUCAUAUAAACACAUACACCACUUAAUUACGCCAUAAUGACAAGACGUGCACGAGUACGAACUCUUAUUACCUAGUUCAAAUUGCACAAUAAGGUGGAUUUGAACUCCAAUUGUCUUGUAAUGUUAAUAGACAUGUGAUUCUUUGAUUGGUUUAGUCAUAUAAACACAUAAACGCUUAAAUUUUUCAUAUUGACAAGAUGUGCACGAGUACGAACUCUUAGUACUGAGUCAAAAUUGCAAAUUAAGGUGGAUUUCCUCUCCAAAUGUCUUGUAAUGUUGAUGGACAUGUGAUUCAAUGAUUGUUUUUGUCAUAUAAACACAUAAACCGCUUAAUUCUGUCAUAAUGACAAGAUAUGCACGAGUACGAACUCCUAUUACCGAGUUCAAAUUGCACAAUAAGGUGGAUUUGCACUCCAAAUGUCUUGUAAUGUUGAUAGACAUGUGAUUCAAUGAUUGGUUUAGUCAUAUAAACACAUAAACCGCUUAAUUGUUUCAUAAUGACAAGAUGUGCACGAGUACGAACUCUUAGUACCGAGUUCAAAUUGCACAAUAAGGUGGAUUUGCACCCCAAAUAUCUUAUAAUGUUGGUGGACAUGUGAUUCAGUGAUUGGUUUAGUCAUAUAAACACAUAAACCGCUUAAUUGUUUCAUAAUGGAAGAUAUGCACGUGUACGAACUCUUAUUACUGAGUUCAAAUUGUACAAUAUGGUGGAUUUGCACUCCAAAUGUCUUGUAAUGUUGAUAGACAUAUGAUUUAGUGAUUGGUUUAGUCAUAUAAACACAUAAACCGCUUAAUUGUUUCAUAAUGACAAGAUGUGAACGAGUACGAACUCUUAGUACCAAGUCCAAAUUGUACAAUAAGGUGGAUUUGCACUCCAAAUGUCUUGUAAUGUUGAUUGACAUGAGAUUCUUUGGUUGGUUUAGUCAUGUAAACACAUAAACGCUUAAAUUUUUCAUAAUGACAAGAUGUGCACGAGUACGAACUAUUAUUACCGAGUUCAAAUUGCACAAUAUGGUGGAUUUGCACUUCAAAUGUCUUGUAAUGUUGAUAAACAUAUGAUUUAGUGAUUGGUUUAGUCAUAUAAACACAUAAACCGCUUAAUUGUUUCAUAAUGACAAGAUGUGCACGAGUACGAACUCUUAGUACCGAGUUCAAAUUGCACAAUAAGGUGGAUUUGCACUCCAAAUGUCUUGUAAUGUUGAUAGACAUGUGAUUCUUUGAUUGGUUUAGUCAUAUAAACACAUACACCGCUUAAAUGUGUCAUAAUGACAAAACAGUCACGAGAAAUUAUUCUUAGUACCGACUCUAAAUUGUACAAUAAGGUGGAUUUGCACUCUAAAUGUUUUGUAAUGUUGAUAGAUAUGCGAUUCUAUGAUUGGUUUAGUCAUAUAAACACAUAAACCGCCUAUUAGUUUCAAAAUGACAAAACGUGCACAAGUUCAAACUCUUACUACCGAGUCAAAAGUGUACAAUAAUGUGGAUUUUCAAUCCAAAUUUCUGGUAACGUUGAUAGACAUGCGAUACUAUGAUUGGUUUAGUAAUAUAAACACAUUAACCGCUUAAUUGAAACAUAAUGACCAAACGUGCACAAGUACAAACACUUACUACCGAGUCCAAAUUGUACAAUAAGGUGGAUUUUCACUCCAAAUGUCAUGUAACGUUGAUACAUAUGUGAUUCAUUGAUUCGUUUAGUCAUAUAAACACAUAAAUCGCUUAAUUGUGUCAUAAUGACAAAACAUGCAUGAGAAAGUUUACUUAGUACCGACUCUAAAUUGUACAAUAAGGUGGAUUUGCACUCUAAAUGUCUUGUAAUGUUGAUAGAUAUGCGAUUCUAUGAUUGGUUUAGUCAUAUAAACACAUAAGCCGCCUAUUAGUUUCAUAAUGAAAAAACGUGCACAAGUUCAAACUCUUACUACCGAGUCAAAAGUGUACAAUAAGGUGGAUUUUCAAUCCAAAUUUCUUGUAACGUUGAUGGACAUGCGAUACUAUGAUUGGUUUAGUAAUAUAAACACAUUAACCGCUUAAUUAUGUCAUAAUGACAAGACAUGCACGAGUACAAACUCUUCCUACCGAGUUCAAAUUGUACAAUAAGGUGGAUUUUCACUCCAAAUGUCUUUUAACGUUGAUAGACAUGUGAUUCAUUGAUUGGUUUAAUCAUAUAAACACAUAACCGCCUAUUAGUUUCAUAAUGACAAAACGUGCACAAGUUAAAAAUCUUACUACCGAGUCAAAAGUGUACAAUAAGGUGGAUUUUCAAUCCAAAUUUCUUGUAAAGUUGAUAGACAUCCGAUACUAUGAUUGGUUUAGUAAUAUAAACACAUUAACCGCUUAAUUGUUUCAUAAUGACAAAACAUGCAUAAAUACAAACACUUAAUACCGAGUCCAAAUUGUACAAUAAGGUGAAUUUGCACUCCAAAUGUCAUGUAACGUUGAUAUAAUUGUGAUUAAUUGAUAUGUUUAGUCGUAUAAACACAUAAAUCGCUUAAUUGUGUCAUAAUGACAAACCAUGCACGAGAAAGUAUUCUUAGUACCGACUCUAAAUGUCUUUUAACGUUGAUAGACAUGUGAUUCAUUGAUUGGUUUAUGCAUAUAAACACAUAAACCGCUUAAUUAUGUCAUAAUUACAAGACGUGCACGAGUACAAACUCUUAGUACAUAGGCCAAAUUGUACAAUAAGAUGUGUUUGCACUCCAAAUGAAUUGUAAUGUGGAUAGACAUGUGAUACUAUGAUUGGUUUAGUAAUAUAAACACAUAAACCGCUUAAUUAUGUCAUAAUUACAAAACAUGCACGAGUACGAACUCUUUGUAAGGUGUCAAAAUUGUACAAUAAGGUGGAUUUGCAGUCCAAAUGUCUUGUAAUGUUGAUAGACAUGCGAUUCAUUGAAUGGUUUAGUCAUAUAAACACAUAAACCGCUUAAUUAUGUCAUAAUUAUAAGACGUGCACGAGUACGAACUCUGAGUACGUAGGCCAAAUUGUACAAUAAUGUGUGUUUGCACUCCAAAUGAAUUGUAAUGUUGAUAGACCUAUGAUACUAUGAUUGGUUUAGUAAUAUAAACACAUAAACCGCUUAAUUGUGUCAUAAUGACAAAACGUGCACAAGUACAAACAUAUACUACCGAGUCCAAAAAUAUACAAUAAGGUGGAUUUACACAUCCAAAUGUCUUGUAACGAUGAUAGACAUGUGAAUCAUUGAUUGAUUCAGUCAUAUAAACAAAUAAAGCGCUUAACUGUGUCCAAAUUACAAAACGUGCAAGAGUACGAACUCUUUGUAAGGAGUCAAAAUUGUACAAUAAGGUGGAUUUGCAGUCCAAAUGUCUUGUAAUGUUGAUAGACCUAUGAUUGAUUGAUUUGUUUAGUCAUAUAAACACAUAAACUGCUUAAUUGUGUCAUAAUUAGAAGACGUUGACGAGUACGAACUCUUAGCACGGAGGCCAAAUUGUACAAUAAGGUAGAUUUUCAAUCCAAAAGUCUUGUAACGUUGAUAGACAUGCGAUUCAUUGAUCGGGUUAGUCAUAUAAACACAUAAACCGCUUAAUUGUGUCAUAAUGACAAGACGUGCACGAGUACAAACUCUUCCUACGUAGUUCAAAUUGUACAAUAAGGUGGAUUUUCACUCCAAAUGUCUUUUAACGUUGAUAGACAUGUUAUUCAUUGAUUGGUUUAGUCAUAUAAACACAUAAAUCGCUUAAUUGUGUUAUAAUGACAAAACUGCAUGAGAAAGUUAACUUAGUACCGACUCUAAAUUGUACAAUAAGGUGAAUUUGCACUCUAAAUGUCUUGUAAUGUUGAUAGAUAUGAGAUUCUAUGAUUGGUUUAGUCAUAUAAACAUAUAAACCGCCUAUUAGUUUCAUAAUGACAAAACGUGCACAAGUUCAAACUCUUACUACCGAGUCAAAAGUGCACAAUAAGGUGGAUUUUCAAUCCAAAAUUUCUGGUAAAGUUGAUAGACAUGCUAUUAAUUGAUUGGUUUAGUCAUAUAAACACAUAAACCGCUUAAUUUAUAUCAUAAUGACAAGACGUGCACGAGUACAAAAUCUUCCUACCGAGUUCAAAUUGUACAAUACGGUGGAUUUUCACUCCAUAUGUCUUUUAACGUUGAUAUACUUGUGAUUCAUUGAUUGGUUUAGUCAUAUAAACACAUAAAUCGCUUAAUUAUGUCAUAAUGACAAACCAUGCACGAGAAAUUAUUCUUAGUACCGACACUAAAUUGUACGACAAGAUUAAUUGAUUAGUUUAGUUGUAUAAAUAUAUAAACUGGUUAAUUUUCAUAAUUAGAAGACGUGGACGAGUAUGAAUUCUUAGUACGGAGGCCAAAUUGUACAAUAAGGUGGAUUUACAAUCCAAAUGUCUUGUAACAUUUAUAGGCAUGCAAUUCAUUGAUUGGUUUAGUCAUACAAACACAUAAACCGCUUAAUUAUGUCAUAAUUACAAGACGUGCACGAGUAUGAACUCUUAGUACAUAGGCCAAAUUGUAAAUAAGGUGUGUUUGCACUCCAAAUGAAUUGUAAUGUUGAUAGACCUGUGAUACUAUGAUUGGUUUAGUAAUAUAAACACAUAAACCGCUUAAUUGUGUCAUAAUGACAAAACGUGCACAAGUACAAACAUUUACUACCGAGUCCAAGUUGUACAAUAUGGUGGAUUUGCACUCCAAAUGUCAUGUAACGUUGAUAGACAUGUGAUUAAUUGAUUUGUUUAGUCAUAUAAACACAUAAACUGCUUAAUUGUGUCAUAAUUAUAAGAUGUGGACUAUUACGAACUCUUAGUACGGAGGCCAAAUUGUUCAAUACGGUGGAUUUUCAAUCCAAAUUUCUUGUAACGUUGAUAGACAUGCGAUUCAUUGAUAGACAUCCAAAUUUCUUGUAACGUUGAUAUAUAAUUACAAGACGUGCCCGAGUACGAACUCUUAGUACAUAGGCCAAAUUGUACAAUAAGGUGUGUUUGCACUACAAAUGACAUGUGAUUAAUUGAUUUUUUUUAGUCGUAUAAACAGAUAAACUGGUUAAUUGUGUCAUAAUUAGAAGACGUGGACGAGUACGAAUUCUUAGUACGGAGGCAAAAUUGUACAAUAAGGUGGAUUUACAAUCCAAAUGUCUUGUAACGUUGAUAGGCAUGCGAUUUAUUGAUUGGUUUAGUCAAAUAAACAUAUAAACCGCUUAAUUAUGUCAUAAUUACAAGACGUGCACGAGUACGAACUCUUAGUACGUAGGCCAAAUUGUACAAUAAGGUGUGUAUUCAUUCCAAAUGAAUUGUAAUGUUGAUAGAACUGUGAUACUAUGAUUGGUUUAGUAAUAUAAACAGAUAAACCACUUAAUUGUGUCAUAAUGACAAAACGUGCACAAGUACAAACACUUACUACCGAGUCCAAAUUGUACAAUAAGUUGGAUUUGCACUCCAAAUGUCAUGUAACGUUGAUAGACAUGUGAUUAAUUGAUUUGUUUAGUCAUAUCUACACAUAAACUGUAACAUCGCGUUCUGGCAAAACCCAUAUUUCGAUCGCUAGAAAGUUCGCGAUUUAAAAUCGAGCAUUUCGACACUAUUUCGACGAAAAUCGGAUUAUCGAUCGAUCGGAUAAGUAUACGUAUUAAUUAUAUAUAUAUAUAUAUAUAUGUAAAAGCGGUCGGGAUAUAAAUUUUACCGUCCAUUUCCAUUCUCUCAUGCCAUUUCUUCUUCCACUUUCGAACCGAGAGAAAAGCAGAGCAAGCGAAGUUCAGGGGAACGUCGGGGAAAAAUUCUCCAGCUCAAUUCUUGAGUUACAGUGAUCCAAAAAUCCCGUAAGUAAUGCCUAAUUCAUCUAUUCAUCGUAAUUUAUCGAUUUAGAGCUUUAAAACGAGUUUUUGGUUCAGGAAUUUCUUGAAUUCCCGAUAAGCCAAAUUAGAGUUUCGGAGUAUCCGGAAGCCGGAUUGAGCCCAAAUUUCAUAUACGAGCUUCCUGCAGCGAGGUAAUCAAUCCUCUAGUUCUAAUCCCUGAAUUUCGGCUAUUAUUUAGGCCGGGGUCCAAACCGCUGAAUUUAGCUCCGGCUAGGGUUUGAUGUGUUUUUAUCGAGAAUUUGACGCGGAGCCUAGAACUAAUAUUGACGGGGAUACUGCAGGGGAUAUUAGGACGGUCUCGGAUUUUAAUUCGGGGUUCGUUCGUGAAAUUGACGUUUUAGUACGGGAGGCUAGAAUCGGUAUUUGAACGACCAGAACUGGUGAGGGAUUAGCACGGCAUACCGGGUUUGUCGUAUCACGAUAAUUAUAUUGAUGCUUAGAAUUGAUCUAGGUGAACUAGAAUGGCAUGAUUAUGGGUGUAUGGACUUCUCUGCUAUAUGAUGAACUAUAGGCUUCUGUAUGAUAUUAUUGACUUGCCCUAAUCGAUAUGGACCUUGUUUAUGUUGAUAAUUCCAUAUAUGUUGCCAGAUGUGGGUUUAAUUGUGAAUAUGCCUUAUGAUGGUUCGAGAAGGUGAUUGGAUAUGAUUUUUCAUGAUUGUUGUAUUUGGAUGCACAAGUGGGAAAAUAUAUAUUCCCUGGUGAUAUCAUGAUGUUUUAAGGAGGAUGACUUGCACGAGGGUUUAUCCCGAGGAAGUGCAACUAUACGACUCCUGGUUUACCUAUGUUGAGCCAAUUAUGGCCAGGUCAAGUACAUGUGCAAGUAAUGAAUUAUGAUUAAGCAAGAUGAGAUAUGAAUCAUGUAUAAGGAUACCAAAUAUGAGUGUUGUGCUCUCACGGUCAACUACAUAGUAAUUAGGGCUCCCUAUGCUAUUACUCUAUUAUGAUAUGUAUGAUAGUCACACCUCUCAUGUGGUGGUGACUGAAGAAUUCUUACGAGAUAUGACCACACCCAGAGUGGUGUCGAGGUAUGACUACACCCAUAGUGGUGUGGGUAUGUAUGACCACAUCCGACGGGAUGUUGGGGUAUGUAUGACUACAUCCGACGGGAUGUGGGGUAUGUUUCCCGGGAGAGUUAUUAGCAUGGGAGUAGCCAGGCGCCUAUGAUUAAAACAUGAUAAGAUGCAUAUGCAUAAGACAAAGUGGUUGAGUCUUUUGCUUAUUGGGAUAUGAGGAUGGCUGAGGUCCGAUCCUAGUGUUUUGGCUCGUUUGCUAGAUGUAUGGCAGGGGUAUGCUCUGUUAUGAACUCACGAUGCUAUGAUUAUCUCACUCAGCUAUGAGCUGACCCUCUUUUAUUCUUCUUCUCUGCUUAUGCUAUGUGUAAGCAGAUCAUCAGCAGCAGCAGUAGAUAAGUGUUAGGUGGGAGAGGAGCUAGAGUUGAAGCCAGGAUGAGGUAUGGUCUUCAACUAUUCUGUGCUUGGACUACUACUCGUGAUUUUGGCCAGUGAUCCACACCUUUUUGUAAAAGAAUGUUUUGAGAACGUUUUUCAUGUGCAUACUAGCUUCUGAUCUAGUGUGAGAUAUCCACAGGUGUGGAAAGUUAAUGAUAUGUGUAUAUGUUGUGAAACUGUGUAAGUUGUGACGAUUAUGGUAUGUAUAAGUAUGGUAUGCAGUUAGGAAGUAUGAAAAGUGUGACUAUGGCUAAGAAAAGCCAAUGCAUAUGGUUGUGAGUAUAUAUGUUUGUGAUGAAUUAUUUUGCAGGUUAAGUUGCAAGAACUGUUAGCCCAUUACGCGAGUAAUUCAUGUCGAAAUUUUAUUUAGGUAAAUUUUGAUAAUUAAUGUAACACCCGAGAUUAUUUCCGCUGCAAUUGUAUGAACAAUAUGAUUAGGCAAAACGUAUAGGGUAGGGUGUUACAUAAACUGCUUAAUUGUGUCAUAAUUAUAAGACGUGGGCUAGUACGAACUCUUAGUACGGAGGCCAAAUUAUACAAUAAGAUGGAUUUUCAAUCAUAAUUUCUUGUAAUGUUGGUAGACAUGAGAUUCAUUGAAUGGUUUAGUCAUAUAAACACAUAAAUCGCUUAAUUAUGUCAUAAUUAUAAGACGUACACGAGUAUGAACUCUUAGUACAUAGGCCAAAUAGUACAAUAAGAUGUGUUUGCACUCCAAAUGAAUUGUAAUGUUGAUAGACCUGUGAUACUAUUAUUGGUUUAGUAAUAUAAACACAGAAACCGCUUAAUUGUGUCAUAAUGACAAAACGUGCACAAGUACAAACACUUACUACCGAGUCCAAAUUGUACAAUAAGGUGGAUUUGCACUCAAAAUGUCUUGUAACGUUGAUAGACGUGUGAUUAAUUGAUUGGUUUAGACAUAUAAACACAUAAACUACUUAAUUGUGUCAUAAUUAUAAGACAUGGACUAGUACAAACUCUUAGUACGGAGGCCAAAUUGAUCAAUAAGGUGGAUUUUAAAUCCAAAUUUCUUGUAACGUUGAUAGACGUGCGAUUCAUUGAAUGGUUUAUUCAUAUAAACACAUAAACCGCUUCAUUAUGUCAUAAUUAUAAGACGUGCACGAGUACGAACUCUGAGUACGUAGGCCAAAUUGUACAAUAAGGAGUUUUUGCACUCCAAAUGAAUUGUAAUGUUGAUAGACCUAUGAUACUAUGAUUUGUUUAGUAAUAUAAACACAUAAACCGCUUAAUUGUGUCAUAAUGACAAAACGUGCACAAGUACAAACAUAUACUACCGAGUCCAAAAAUAUACAAUAAGGUGGAUUUACACAUCCAAAUGUCUUGUAACGAUGAUAGACAUGUGAAUCAUUGAUUGAUUCAGUCAUAUAAACAAAUAAAGCGCUUAACUGUGUCCAAAUUACAAAACGUGCAAGAGUACGAACUCUUUGUAAGGACAAAACGUGCACAAAUACAAACACUUACUACCGAGUCCAAAUUGUACAAUAAGGUUGAUUUGCACUCCAAAUGUCUUGUAACGUUGAUAGACAUGUGAUUAAUUGAUUUGUUUAGUCAUAUAAACACAUACACCGCUUAAUUAUGUCAUGAUUACAAGACGUGCACGAGUAUGAACUCUUAGUACAUAGGCCAAAUAGUACAAUAAGAUGUGUUUGCACUCCAAACGAAUUGUAAUGUUGAUAGACCUGUGAUACUAUUAUUGGUUUAGUAAUAUAAACACAUAAACCGCUUAAUUGUGUCAUAAUGACAAAACGUUCACAAGUACAAAAACUUACUACCGAGUUCAAAUUGUACAAUAAGGUGGAUUUGCACUCCAAAUGUCUUGUAACGUUGAUAGACGUGUGAUUAAUUGAUUGGUUUAGACAUAUAAACACAUAAACUACUUAAUUGUGUCAUAACUAUACGACAUGGAAUAGUACAAACUCUUAGUCCGGAGGCCAAAUUGUUCAAUAAGGUGGAUUUUAAAUCCAAAUUUCAUGUAACGUUGAUAGACGUGCGAUUCAUUGAAUGGCCUAUUCAUAUAAACACAUAAACCGCUUCAUUAUAUCAUAAUUAUAAGACGUGCACGAGUACGAACUCUGAGUACGUAGGCCAAAUUGUACAAUAAGGAGUUUUUGCCCUCCAAAUGAAUUGUAAUGUUGAUAGACCUAUGAUACUAUGAUUUGUUUAGUAAUAUAAACACAUAAAUCGCUUUGUUGUGUCAUAAUGACAAAACGUGCACAAGUACAAACACUUACUACCGAGUCCAAAUUGUACAAUAAGGUUGAUUUGCACUCCAAAUGUCUUGUAACGUUGAUAGACAUGUGAUUAAUUGAUUUGUUUAGUCGUAUAAACAGAUAAACAGGUUAAUUGUGUCACAAUUAGAAGACGUGGACGAGUACGAAUUCUUAGUACGGAGGCCAAAUUGUAUAAUAAGGUGGAUUUACAAUCCAAAUGUCUUGUAAUGUUGAUAGGCAUGCGAUUCAUUGAUUGGUUUAGUCAUAUAAACACUUAAACCGCUUAAUUAUGUCAUCAUUACAAGACGUGCAUGAGUACGAACUCUUAGUACAUAGGCCAAAUUGUACAAUAAGGUGUGUUUGCACUCCAAAUGAAUUGUAAUGUUGAUAGAACUGUGAUACUAUGAUUGGUUUAGUAAUAUAAACACAUAAACCGCUUAAUUGUGUCAUAAUGACAAAACGUGCACAAGUACAAACACUUACUACCGAGUCCAAAUUGUACAAUAAGGUGUAUUUGCACUCCAAAUGUCAUGUAACGUUGAUAGACAUGUGAUUAAUUGAUUUGUUUAGUCGUAUAAAUAGAUAAACAGGUUAAUUGUGUCACAAUUAGAAGACGUGGACGAGUACAAAUUCUUAGUACGGAGGCUAAAUUGUACAAUAACGUGGAUUUACAAUCCAAAUGUCUUGUAACGUUGAUAGGCAUGAGAUUCAUUGAUUGGUUUAGUCAUAUAAACACAUAAACCGCUUAAUUAUGUCAUCAUUACAAGACGUGCAUGAGUACGAACUCUUAGUACAUAGGCCAAAUUGUAUAAUAAGGUGUGUUUGCACUCCAAAUGAAUUGUAAUGUUGAUAGAACUGUGAUACUAUGAUUGGUUUAGUACUAUAAACACAUAAACCGCUUAAUUGUGUCAUAAUGACAAAACGUGCACAAGUACAAACACUUACUACCGAGUCCAAAUUGUACAAUAAGGUGUAUUUGCACUCCAAAUGUCAGGUAACGUUGAUAGACAAGUGUUUAAUUGAUUUGUUUAGUCAUAUAAACACAUAAAUUGCUUAAUAGUGUCAUAAUUAUAAGAUGUGGACUAGUACGAACUCUUAGUACGGAGGCCAAAUUGUACAAUAAGGUGGAUUUUCAAUCCAAAUUUCUUGUAAUGUUGAUAGACAUGCGAUUUAUUGAAUGGUUUAGUCAUAUAAACACAUAAACCACUUAAUUAUGUCAUAAUUAUAAGACGUGCGCGAGUACCAACUCUGAGUACGUAGGCCAAAUUGUAUAAUAAGGUGUGUUUGCACUCCAAAUGAAUUGUAAUAUUGAUAGACCUGUGAUACUAUGAUUGGUUUAGUAACAUAAACACAUAAACUGCUUAGUUGUGUCAUAAUGAAAAAACUUGCACAAGUACAAACACUUAAUACUGCGUCCAAAUUGUACAAAAAGGCGAAUUUACACAUCCAAAUGUCUUGUCACGAUGAUAUACAUGUGAUUCAUUGAAGGGUUUAGUCAUAUAAACAAAUAAACCGCUUAAUUGUGUCAUAAUUAUAAAACGUGCACGAGUACGAACUUUUUGUAAGGAGUCAAAAUUCUACAAUAAGGUGGAUUUGCAGUCCAAAUGUCUUGUAAUGUUGAUAGACAUAUGAUUCAUUGAUUUGUUUAGUCAUAUAAACAAAUAAACUACUUAAUUGUGUCAUAAUUAGAAUAUAUUGACGAGUACGAACUCUUAGUACGGAGAACAAAUAAUACAAUAAGGUGGAUUUUCAAUCCAAAAGUCAUGUAACGUUCAUAGACAUGCGAUUCAUUGAUUGGUUUAGUCAUAUAAACACAUAAACAGCUUAAUUGUGUCAUAAUGACAAGACGUGCACGAGUACAAACUCUUUCUACCGACUUGAAAUUGUACAAUAAGGUCGAUUUGCACUCCAAAUGUCUUAUAACGUUGAUAGACAUGUGAUUCAUUGAUUGGUUUGGUCUUAUAAACACAUAAAUCGCUUAAUUGUGUCAUAAUGACAAAACGUGCAUGAGAAAGUAUUCUUAGUACCGUCUCUAAAUUGUACAAUAAGGUGGAUUUUCACUCUAAAUGUCUUGUAAUGUUGAUAGAUAUGUGAUUCUAUGAUUGGUUUAGUCAUAUAAACACAUAAAUCGCUUAGUUGUGUCAUAAUGACAAAUCAUGCACAAGUACAAACACUUACUACCGAGUCCAAAUUGUACAAUAAGGUGGAUUUGCACUCCAAAUGUCUGGUAACGUUGAUAGACAUGUGAUUAAUUGAUUUGUUUAGUCGUAUAAACAGAUAAACUGGUUAAUUGUGUCAUAAUUAAACGACGUGGACGAGUACGAAUUCUUAGUACGGAGGCCAAAUUGUACAAUAAGGUGGAUUUACAAUCCAAAUGUCUUGUAACAUUGAUAGACAUGCGAUUCAUUGAUUGGUUUAGUCAUAUAAACACAUAAACCGCUUAAUUAUGUCAUAAUUACAAGACGUGCACGAGUAUGAACUCUUAGUACUGAUAAGCCCCAAACCACGAGGCUAGGUGACCGCUGCUCGAAAUUCUCUCAACUUCUCAAGUUUCUGUUGAGAAAGCCAGAUAUGUACCAAGGUAACAGGGAACUGGAUGGAGUUGGGUUGUGCAACUUCAACACCGACGUUCGGGGAAGAGGCUCGUCCCAAUUGAAAAGGCAACCCGACCACGAUUGAGGUGAUGACUCAAUCGAUACAAGGCUCGCUCGUCGUGGGAAAACACUCCGCACAACAAGGACAACUUCUUUGAGCAAAACACUCAAUGAACUAAGUUCUCGAUUAUUGACGUCCCAACAUUACAAUGGAGUUCUAGGCCUUUAAAUAGACAAACUUAAACCUAAAUCAACUACAAAACGAACAAGGAAAGACAAUUAAACUACACUACAACUAAGGUAACAAUUCCCAAACGGAAAAGGACUUCCAACUCGUCUAUAAUCCUCUUUCUUCUAGCUUAAGUAAACUGCCUCCAAAACAGGGUCCAUAGCAUCUUUAAGCACCUCGUUCACAUCCCUCCAGGCCUCCAUCUUCUUAUCCAAUUCCUUUCCUCUGUAGACAAAAAUACUUAAUUUUAUGUAGUGCAAAGAACUUCCCUUGAAUCGACUCCAUCUGCUCAGAAUAGAGCUCCAAAGUGACCUGCCUGAACUUGCCUCCAGACUUAGCCAAAUUCUGGCUGUUCGCCAGUUUUGAGAUAGCUACUUUGACGCCUUGAAACACAGCUUUAAUGGAUUUGUAUAAGCCCGAAUCCCAUGCCAUAUUAAAGAGGGAGUUCUUAUAUUCAAACCAACACCUUAAACUCUCAUUUAUUCCAACCCAAUCGGAAGAUUCGAGCUCGCAAAGUAGGCUACCCGAACUCGUCAUAACACUUAGCCAAAAAUUCAGGUUGUGCAAAUGAGUUGGCUUAACUUCUUGAACAAACAAAUCGAGCUUGGAAUGGAAGCAAUUCAAGCUCAUAUCAAGUACAUAGGCCAAAUUGUAGAAUAAGGUGUGUUUGCACUCCAAAUGAAUUGUAAGGUUGAUAGACCUGUGAUACUAUGAUUGGUUUAGUAAUAUAAACACAUAAACCGCUUAAUUGUGUCAUAAUGACAAAACGUGCCUAAGUACAAACUCUUCCUACAGAGUCCAAAUUGUACAAUAGGGUGGAUUUGCACUCCAAAUGUCUUGUAACAUUGAUAGACCUGUGAUACUAUGAUUGGUUUAGUAAUAUAAACACAUAAACCGCAUAGUUGUGUCAUAAUGAAAAAACGUGCACAAGAAAGUAUUCUUAGUACCGACUUUAAAUUGUACAAUAAGGUGGAUUUGCACUCUAAAUGUCUUGUAAUGUUGAUAGAUAUGUGAUUCUAUGAUUGGUUUAGUCAUAUAAACACAUAAACAGCCUAUUUGUGUCAUAAUGACAAAACGUGCACAAGUUCAAACUCUUAGUACCGAGUCAAAAGUGUACAAUAAGGUGGAUUUUCAAUCCAAAUUUCUUCUAACGUUGAUAGACAUGCUAUUCAUUGAAUGGUUUAGUCAUAUAAACACAUAAACCGCUUAAUUAUGUCAUAAUUAUAAGACCUGCACGAGUACGAACUCUGAGUACGUAGGCCAAAUAGUACAAUAAGUUGUGUUUGCACUCCAAAUGAAUUGAAAUGUCGAUAGGCCUGUGUUACUAUGAUUGUUUUAGUAAUAUAAACACAUAAACCGCUUAGUUGUGUCAUAAUGAAAAUACGUGCACAAGUACAAACACUUACUACUGAGUCCAAAUUGUACAAUAAGGUGGAUUUACACAUCCAAAUGUCUUGUCACGAUGAUAGACUUAUGAUUUAUUGAAGGGUUUAGUCAUAUAAACAAAUAAACCGCUUAAUUGUGUCAUUAUUACAAAACGUGCACGAGUACAAACUUUUUGUAAGGAGUCAAAAUUCUACAAUAAGGUGGAUUUGCAGUCCAAAUGUCUUGUAAUGUUGAUAGACCUAUUAUUCAUUGAUUUGUUUAGUCAUAUAAAUACAUAAACUACUUAAUUGUUUUAUAAUUAAAAUACGUUGACGAGUACGAACUCUUAGUACGGAGAAAAAAUUCUACAAUAAGGUGGAUUUUCAAUCCAAAAGUCUUGUAACGUUGAUAGACAUGCGAUUCAUUGAUUGGUUUAGUCAUAUAAACACAUGAACAACUUAAUUGUGUCAUAAUGACAAGACGUGCAAGAGUACAAACUCUUUCUACCGACUUCAAAUUGUACAAUAAGGUCGAUUUGCACUCCAAUUAUCUUAUAACGUUGAUAGACAUGUGAUUCAUUGGUUGGUUUUGUCAUAUAAACACAUAAAUCGCUUAAUUGUGUCAGACUGACAAAACGUGCACGAGAAAGUAUUCUUAGUACCGACUCUAAAUUGUACAAUAAGGUGGAUUUGCACUCUAAAUGUCUUGUAAUGUUGAUAGAUAUGUGAUCCUAUGAUUGGUUUAGUCAUAUAAACACAUAAACCGCCUAUUUGUGUCAUAAUGUCAAAUCUUGCACAAGUUCAAACUCUUACUACCGAGUCAAAAGUUUAAAAUAAGGUGGAUUUGCACUCCAAUUUUUUGUAACAUUGAUAGACAUGUGAUUCAUUAAUUGGUUUAUUCAUAUAAACAAAUAAACGGCCUAUUUGUGUCAUAAUGACAAAACGUGCACAAGUUCAAACUCUCAGUACCGAGUCAAAAGUGUACAAUAAGGGGGAUUUUCAAUCCAAAUUUCUUGUAACGUUGAUAGACAUGCGAUUCAUUGAUUGGUUUAGUCAUAUAAACACAUACACCGUUUAAUUAUGUCAUAAUUACAAGACGUGCAAGAGUAGGAACUCUUAGUACAUAGGCCAAAUUGUACAAUAGGGUGUAUUUGCACUCCAAAUGAAUUGUAAUGUUGAUAUACCUGUGAUACUAUGAUUAGUUGAGUAAUAUAAACACAUAAACCGCUUACUUGUGUCGUAAUGACAAAACGUGCACAAGUACAAACACUUACUACGGAAUCCCAAUUGUACAAUAAGGUGGAUUUGCACUCCAAAUGUCUUUUAACGUUGAUAGACAUAUGAUUCAUUGACUGGUUUAGUCAUAUAAACAAAUAAACCACUUAAUUGUGUCAUAAUUACAAAACGUGCACGAGUACGAACUCUUUUUAAGGAGUCAAAAUUCUACAAUAAGGUGGAUUUGCACACCAAAUGUCUUGUAACGUUGAUAGACAUGUGAUUCAUUGAUUGGUUUAGUCAUAUAAACAAAUUAACCGCUUAAUUGUGUCAUAAUUACAAAACGUGCACGAGUACGAACUUUUUGUAAGGAGUCAAAAUUGUACAAUAAGGUGGAUUUGAAGUCCAAAUGUCUUGUAAUGUUGUUAGAAAUGCGACUCAUUGAAUGGUUUAGUCAUAUAAACACAUAAACCGCUUAAUUAUGUCAUAAUUAUAAAACAUGUACGAGUACGAACUCUGAGUACGUAGGCCAAAUUGUACAAUAAGGUGUGUUUGCACUCCAAAUGAAUUGUAAUGUGGAUAGACCUGUUAUACUAUGAUUGGUUUAGUAAUAUAAAUACAUAAACCGCUUAGUUGUGUCAUAAUGACAAAACGUGCACAAGUACAAACACUUACUACCGAGUCCAAAUUGUACAAUAAGGUGGAUUUGCACUCCAAAUGUCUUGAAACAUUGAUAGACAGGUGAUUAAUUGAUAUGUUUAGUUAUAUAAACACAUAAACCGCUUAAUUAUGUCAUAAUUACAAGACGUGCACGAGUACGAAUUCUUAGUACAUUGGCCAAAUUGUAGAAUAAGGUGUGUUUGCACUCCAAAUGAAUUGUAAUGGUGAUAGACCUGUGAUACUAUGAUUGGUUUAGUAACCCGCUUAAUUGUGUCAUAAUGAAAAAACGUACCUAAGUACAAACUCUUCCUACCGACUCCAAAUUGUACAAUAAAGUGGAUUUUGCACAUCCAAAUGUCUUGUAACGAUGAUAGACAUGUGAUUCAUUGAUUGGUUUAGUCAAAUAAACAAAUAAACCGCUUAAUUAUGUCAUAAUUACAAUACGUGCACGAGUACGAACUCUUUGUGAGGAGUCAAAAUUCUACAAUAAGGUGGAUUUGCAGUCCAAAUGUCUUGUAAUUUUGAUAGACCUAUGAUUCAUUAAUUUGUUUAGUCAUAUAAACACAUAAACUGCUUAAUUGUGUCAUAAUUAGAAGACGUUGACGAGUACAAACUCUUAGUACGGAGGCCAAAUUGUACAAUAAGGUGGAUUUUCAAUCAAAAAGUCUUGUAACGUUGAUAGACAUGCGAUUCAUUGAUUGGUUUAGUCAUAUGCACACAUAAACCGCUUAAUUGUCAUAAUGACAAGACGUGCACGAGUACAAACUCUACCUACCGACUUCGAAUUGUACAAUAAGGUGGAUUUGCACUCCAAAUUUCUUUUAACGUUGAUAGACAUGUGAUUCAUUGAUUGGUUUAGUCAUAUAAACACAUAAACUGCUUAAUUAUGUCAUAAUUAUAAGACGUGCACGAGUACAAACUCUUAGUACAUAGGCCAAAUUGUACAAUAAGGCGGGUUUGCACUCCAAAUGUUUUGUAAUGUUGAUAGACCUGUGAUUCUAUGAUUGGUUUAGUAAACCGCUUAAUUGUGUCAUAAUGACAAAACGUGCCUAAGUACAAACUCUUUCUACCGAGUCCAAAUUGUACAAUAGGGUGGAUUUGCACUCCAAAUGUCUUGUAACAUUGAUAGACAUGUGAUUCAUUGAUUGAUUUAGUCAUAAAAACACAUAAAUAGCUUAAUUAUGUCAUAAUUAUAAGACGUGCACGAGUACAAACUCUUAGUACAUAGGCCAAAUUGUACAAAAAGGCGAGUUUGCACUCCAAAUGUUUUGCGAUGUUGAUAGACAUGUGAUUCUAUAGUUGGUUUAGUCAUAUAAACACAUAAACUGCUUAAUUGGGUCAUAAUGACAAAACGUGCACAAGUACAAACACUUACUACCGAGUCCAAAUUGUACAAUAAAGUGGAUUAACACAUCCAAUGUCUUGUCAAGAUGAUAGACAUGUGAUUCAUUGAUUGGUUUAGUCAUAUAAAAAAAUUAAAUGCUUAAUUGUGUCAUAAUUACAAAAUGUGCACGAGUACGAUCUUUUUGUAAGUAGUCAAAAUUCUACAAUAAGGUGGAUUUGCAGUCCAAAUGUCUUGUAAUGUUGAUAGAUCUAUGAUUCAUUGAUUUGUUUAGUCAUAUAAACACAUAAACUACUUAAUUGUGUCAUAAUUAGAAGACGUUGAUGAGUACGAAUUCUUAGUACGGUGAACAAAUUGUACAAUAAGGUGGAUUUUCAAUCCAAAAGUCUUGUAACGUUGAUAGACAUGCGAUUCAUUGAUUUGUUUAGUCAUACAAACACAUAAAUCUCUUAAUUGUGUCACAAUGACAAAACGGUGCACGAGAAAGUAUUCUUAGUACCGAGUCCAAACUGUACAAUAAAAUGGAUUUGCACUUCAAAUGUCAUGUAAAAUUGAUAGACAUUUGAUUCAUUGAUUGGUUUAGUCAUAUAAACAAAUAAACCGCUUAACUUUGUCUAAUAAAAAAACGUGCACAAAUACAAACUCUUCCUACCGAGUCCAAAUUGUACAAUAAGGUAGAUUUGCACUCCAAAUGUCUUGUAACUUUGAUAGACAUGUGAUUCAUUAAUUGGUUAAGUCAUAUAAACACAUAAAUCACUAAAUUGUGUCAUAAUUACAAGACGUGCACGAACUCUUAGUACAUAGGCCAAAUGUCACAAUAAGGUGGGUUUGCACUCCAGAUAUUUUGUAAUGUUGAUAGACAUGUGGUUCUAUGAUUGGUUUAGUAAUAUAAACACAUAAACUGCUUAAUUGAGUCAUAAUAACAAAACGUACACGAGUGCGAACUCUUAGUACGAUUCUAAAUUGUACAACAAGGUCAAUUUGCACUUCAAAUGUGAGGUCAUCAAGCUUGAUGUAUAUAAUGUGCAUUGACAUACCCGAACUCGGCAAUGGCACUGCUUAACUGUGUCUUAAUGACAAAAUGUACACAAGUUCAAACUCUUCCUAUCGAGUCCAAAUUGUACAAUAAGGUGUAUGUGCAAUCCAAAUGUCUUGUAACAUUGAUAGCCAUGUGAUUCAUUGAUUGGUUUAGUCAUAUAAACACACAAAUCGCUUAAUUGUGUCAUAAUUACAAGACACGCACGAGUACGAAUUCUUAGUACAUAAGCCAAAUUGUACAAUAACGUGGAUUUGCACACCAAAUGUCUGGUAAUGUUGAUAUACAUGUGAUUCAUUUACUAAUUUAUUCAUAUAAACACAUAAACCGCUUAAUUAUGUCAUAAUUACAAGACGUGCACGAGUACGAAUUCUUAGUACAUUGGCCAAAUUGUAGAAUAAGGUGUGUUUGCACUCCAAAUGAAUUGUAAUGGUGAUAGACCUGUGAUACUAUGAUUGGUUUAGUAACCCGCUUAAUUGUGUCAUAAUGAAAAAACGUACCUAAGUACAAACUCUUCCUACCGACUCCAAAUUGUACAAUAAAGUGGAUUUUGCACAUCCAAAUGUCUUGUAACGAUGAUAGACAUGUGAUUCAUUGAUUGGUUUAGUCAAAUAAACAAAUAAACCGCUUAAUUAUGUCAUAAUUACAAUACGUGCACGAGUACGAACUCUUUGUGAGGAGUCAAAAUUCUACAAUAAGGUGGAUUUGCAGUCCAAAUGUCUUGUAAUUUUGAUAGACCUAUGAUUCAUUAAUUUGUUUAGUCAUAUAAACACAUAAACUGCUUAAUUGUGUCAUAAUUAGAAGACGUUGACGAGUACAAACUCUUAGUACGGAGGCCAAAUUGUACAAUAAGGUGGAUUUUCAAUCAAAAAGUCUUGUAACGUUGAUAGACAUGCGAUUCAUUGAUUGGUUUAGUCAUAUGCACACAUAAACCGCUUAAUUGUCAUAAUGACAAGACGUGCACGAGUACAAACUCUACCUACCGACUUCGAAUUGUACAAUAAGGUGGAUUUGCACUCCAAAUUUCUUUUAACGUUGAUAGACAUGUGAUUCAUUGAUUGGUUUAGUCAUAUAAACACAUAAACUGCUUAAUUAUGUCAUAAUUAUAAGACGUGCACGAGUACAAACUCUUAGUACAUAGGCCAAAUUGUACAAUAAGGCGGGUUUGCACUCCAAAUGUUUUGUAAUGUUGAUAGACCUGUGAUUCUAUGAUUGGUUUAGUAAACCGCUUAAUUGUGUCAUAAUGACAAAACGUGCCUAAGUACAAACUCUUUCUACCGAGUCCAAAUUGUACAAUAGGGUGGAUUUGCACUCCAAAUGUCUUGUAACAUUGAUAGACAUGUGAUUCAUUGAUUGAUUUAGUCAUAAAAACACAUAAAUAGCUUAAUUAUGUCAUAAUUAUAAGACGUGCACGAGUACAAACUCUUAGUACAUAGGCCAAAUUGUACAAAAAGGCGAGUUUGCACUCCAAAUGUUUUGCGAUGUUGAUAGACAUGUGAUUCUAUAGUUGGUUUAGUCAUAUAAACACAUAAACUGCUUAAUUGGGUCAUAAUGACAAAACGUGCACAAGUACAAACACUUACUACCGAGUCCAAAUUGUACAAUAAAGUGGAUUAACACAUCCAAUGUCUUGUCAAGAUGAUAGACAUGUGAUUCAUUGAUUGGUUUAGUCAUAUAAAAAAAUUAAAUGCUUAAUUGUGUCAUAAUUACAAAAUGUGCACGAGUACGAUCUUUUUGUAAGUAGUCAAAAUUCUACAAUAAGGUGGAUUUGCAGUCCAAAUGUCUUGUAAUGUUGAUAGAUCUAUGAUUCAUUGAUUUGUUUAGUCAUAUAAACACAUAAACUACUUAAUUGUGUCAUAAUUAGAAGACGUUGAUGAGUACGAAUUCUUAGUACGGUGAACAAAUUGUACAAUAAGGUGGAUUUUCAAUCCAAAAGUCUUGUAACGUUGAUAGACAUGCGAUUCAUUGAUUUGUUUAGUCAUACAAACACAUAAAUCUCUUAAUUGUGUCACAAUGACAAAACGGUGCACGAGAAAGUAUUCUUAGUACCGAGUCCAAACUGUACAAUAAAAUGGAUUUGCACUUCAAAUGUCAUGUAAAAUUGAUAGACAUUUGAUUCAUUGAUUGGUUUAGUCAUAUAAACAAAUAAACCGCUUAACUUUGUCUAAUAAAAAAACGUGCACAAAUACAAACUCUUCCUACCGAGUCCAAAUUGUACAAUAAGGUAGAUUUGCACUCCAAAUGUCUUGUAACUUUGAUAGACAUGUGAUUCAUUAAUUGGUUAAGUCAUAUAAACACAUAAAUCACUAAAUUGUGUCAUAAUUACAAGACGUGCACGAACUCUUAGUACAUAGGCCAAAUGUCACAAUAAGGUGGGUUUGCACUCCAGAUAUUUUGUAAUGUUGAUAGACAUGUGGUUCUAUGAUUGGUUUAGUAAUAUAAACACAUAAACUGCUUAAUUGAGUCAUAAUAACAAAACGUACACGAGUGCGAACUCUUAGUACGAUUCUAAAUUGUACAACAAGGUCAAUUUGCACUUCAAAUGUGAGGUCAUCAAGCUUGAUGUAUAUAAUGUGCAUUGACAUACCCGAACUCGGCAAUGGCACUGCUUAACUGUGUCUUAAUGACAAAAUGUACACAAGUUCAAACUCUUCCUAUCGAGUCCAAAUUGUACAAUAAGGUGUAUGUGCAAUCCAAAUGUCUUGUAACAUUGAUAGCCAUGUGAUUCAUUGAUUGGUUUAGUCAUAUAAACACACAAAUCGCUUAAUUGUGUCAUAAUUACAAGACACGCACGAGUACGAAUUCUUAGUACAUAAGCCAAAUUGUACAAUAACGUGGAUUUGCACUCCAAAUGUCUGGUAAUGUUGAUAUACAUGUGAUUCAUUUACUAAUUUAUUCAUAUAAACACAUAAACCGCUUAAUUAUGUCAUAAUUACAAGACGUGCAUGAGUACAAAUUCUUAGUACAUAGGCCAAAUUGUACAAUAACGUGGAUUCGCACUCCAAAUGUCUCGUAAUGUUGAUAGACAUGUGAUUCAUUGAUUGAUUUAGUAAUAUAAACACAUAAACCGCUUAAUUAUGUGAUCAUUACAAGACGUGCAUGAGUACGAACUCAAUACAUAGGCCAAAUUCUACAAUAAGGUGAGUUUGCACUCCAAAUAUCUUAUAAUGUUGAUAGACAUGAGAUUCUAUGAUGUGUUUAGUCUUAUAAACACAAAAACAACAUAAUUGUAUCAUAAUGACAAAACGUGAACGAGUACAAACUCUUAGUACCGACUCUAAAUUGUACAAUAAGGUGGAUUUGCACUCCGAAUUUCUUGUAAUGUAGAUAGACAUAUGAUUUAGUGAAUGGUUUAGUCAUAUAAACACAUUAACCACUUAAUUGUGUCACAAUGACAAAACGUGCACAAGGACAAACUCUUACUAAUGAGUCCAAAUUGUACAAUAAGGAGGAUUUUCACUCCAAAUGUCUUGUAACGUUUAUUGACAUGUUUCGUUGAUUGGUUUAUUCAUAUAAACACAUAAACCUCAUAAUCGUGUCAUAAUUACAAAACAUGCACGUGUACGAAUUCUUAGUACGAAGUCAAAAUGGUACAAUAAGGUGGAUUUGCAGUACAAAUGUCUUGUAAUGUUGGUAGGCUUGUGAUUCAUUGAUAGGUUUAGUCAUAUAAACACAUAAACCGCUUAAUUGUUUUAUAAUUAUAAGACGUGUGCGAGUACAAACUCAUAGUACAGAGGAAAAAUUGUACAAUAAGGUGGAUUUGCACACCAAAUGUCUGGUAAUAGUGAUAUACAAGUGAUUCAUUGAUUAGUUUAGUCAUAUAAACACAUAAACCACUUAAUUGUGUAAUAAUGAUGAAACGUGCACAAUUAUAAACUCUUCCUACAGAGUCCAAAUUGUACAAUAAGGUGGAUUUGCAUUGCAAAUGUCUUGAAAUGUUGAUAGCAAUGUGAUUCAUUGAUUGGUUUAGUCAUAUAAACACAUAAACCGCUUAAUUGUUUCAUAAUUACAAGACGUGCACAAGUACAAACUCUUCCUACCGAGUCCAAAUUGUGCAAUAACGUGGAUUUGCACUCCAAAUGUCUUGUAAUGUUGAUAGACAUGUGAUUCAUUGAUUGAUUUAGUCAUAUAAACAAAUAAACCGCUUAAUUAUGUCAUAAUUACAAGACGUGCACGGGUACGAACUCAAUACAUAGGACAAAUUGUACAAUAAGGUGGGUUUGCAAUACAAAUGUCUUGUAAUGUUAUAGACAUGUGAUUCUAUGAUUGGUUUAGUCAUAUAAACACAUAAACCGCGUAAUUGUAUUAGAACGGAAAAACAUGCACGAUUACGAACUCCUAGUACCGACUCCAAAUUGUACAAUAAGGUGGAUUUUCACUCCAAAUGUCUUGUAAUUUAGAUAGACAUAUGAUUCAAUGAAUGGUUGAUAGAAACACGUUUCUUAUUCCAUCAUAAUUAUCAUAAUGAUUAUUAUUAGGAUAUUUACAUUUAAGGAUAGUAGUCUUUUUGUAGGAUUAGGUUUGUUAUUAGGUUUUCCUAUCUUUCCUAUAAAUAUGUAAUUGGGGUUUCAUUAUCAAUCAAGAAAUAACAAUUAUCCAGAAGGUAUCUCUCCCAAAACCCUAAUCCUCUAUCUCCUAAUUUCUCGUUCUCUUGCCCUCUAAGGCUUCGGCUGAAUCUAGCCUCUAUUCUUCUUCUUCCUCUAAUUUCCAAUCUCAAAACCCUAAUUCUGUUUUUAAUCCCUAAAUUCCAAUCUAACGACCAAACCCAAUAGAACCCUAAUCCCAGGUUCUAUCAUUGGGUAUCAGAGCCAUGGUCGAAAAUCUGAGUUCGUCACAACUCUCACCCAGGGACCACUAUCGCGUGUUGAACGAGUGCCUUUGCAAGCUGGAAACCCUCAUGGUCAAACAAGAUGCAUAAUGGGAGCAGAGGGACACAUAGUUCACACGACUCCUAGACCUGAUUAGCAAAAGGGUCACCACGGUUGAAUCACCACCUACGGCCGCGACAUCUCCUGUCCACGACGAGAAGAUAGACCAAACGGCCGUAGAGGAGCUGAUGGCGGCGGAGCUUCCAACCUCACAAGAGACAAUGAACUGCGUCGAGACUAAUGAGAAAAGGGCGCUCGCUGCAGGUAUCCCGAUCGCUGCUCUAAACCAAGGAAAGGAGACUCCGGGCGCCAUCGAUAAACAUUAGCCUCUGUUAGGAACGGAACAACAACAGGAACGAGGUUACCGAAUCUGGAGCUGAGUCGCGGACUAGGUCGCUCUCUUUAAGACGUUCGCGACACUGCCUUCGAUGCGCACGGCAGACUAUCAACCGGUCGUCUCCAGGAUAAAACAGCUCCUCUCAAUACUCGCGGUUUUGUGCGAAAACCGAAGCUCUCUAAACACUCUCUCUAUUGUGUUUCUGCUCGUUGUCAUGUGAUUAGAGGGGCUGGGGAGGCGGCUAUUUAUAGGAGCCGAACCCCUAGGAAUAUACCCUCUUGCUUGGGGAAUAAGUCGGAUUAAUUAAGGAAGAUAAUUACUUCCUUAAUUAAAACCGUCGGUUAAGAUAAACCUGGAGGGAUUAUCCUUCGAAUAUUCCGUUUUAGUCGAUUAUCCUUAGGAAUAUACCUCAGAAUAACCGAUUAAUAAUUAAUUAUUAGAUAAUUAAUUUCGUUCAGAAUUUCUCCAAAAAUAUAUAUAUAGUCUCAAGUGAACCAACCAACCGGCCGGUCGCUCGGACGGACGGACGGCGCGCGCGCGUGCGUGUGUGGUGGUCCGUUAGGUCCUCCCUCUCCCACAAAAGUGGGUCACCCCAAGGGGCAUGCCCUUGGGAGAGAGGCUCCUAUCUUUAUACACAUUUCACCAAGUAAAACUACCAAUGUGGUAGUUUUUCCACUAGAGACUCUAUAGCUUUCAAAGCUAUUCAUAUACAUUUCCAACAAUCCCCCACUUGAAUAGUUUUGAAACUAUCUCUGAGCAUCAACAGUUCCAUAAGAUCGGGCAUAAGCUAAGGUAUCGCGAAGAUUUGAACCUUAGCGUAGUGGUUACACUUCCGAUUUCAUAAGGGUGACUCGUAGUCUUGAACCCUAUCUCCGACAGUGUAGCACACCAGAUCUUUUCAUUGAGUUGUGUUCUCUUCAUAGCCCGUGCGUUUGUGGCCAUGCACGUUACCUUGGUUUAGUGAACGCUCUAGCAACUUUGUGCCUCCAAAGUUCCAUAGGGAGCGGCCCCACUCCCACAUUCACAUAGGUGAGUCUAUCAAGAGUACCCCCCAAAGUAAAGUACUCCACCCCAUAUAGGGUAUAGAUCUCAUUAAGAGUUAUUAACUCAACCUCCAUUGCUUUGGGAUUCAUGCUUCACCAUGCAUGAACUUUUCGCAUACUACUCAUGACUUGUUAUUACCCAUUGAACCCAUUUCUUGGGAUCUCCAGUCUAUUGGGUCAGGUUACCAUCACUUGUAGUCCGUGGUUCGGUAGGCAUAAGUCCCAUACCCUUGGCGGUAUUCUGGACUUUCUCUCUAGGUAAUCCUUUCGUCAAAGGAUCAGCUAGAUUCUGUUCGGAUCUUAUAUGAUCCACCCUCACUGCUCCUAUUGUUAGGAGUUCUCUUACAGUACUGUGCUUACGACGAAUAUGUCAUUUCUUUCCGUUAUAGAACCGGUUCACAACUUUAGCAAUAGCUGCGGUACUAUCACAAUGGAUCAAUACAGGAGGGACCGGUCUUUCCCAUAUGGGAAUCUCUGACAACAAUCCUCUCAAAAAAGCGGUCUUAACAUCCAUUUGAUGUACCACAAGAUUGUUCAAGGCAGCAAGAGCAAUCAUUACACGAAUGGAUAUUAUUCUAGAUACUGGUGAAUAGGUAUCGAAGAAAUCUAUAUUCUCUCUCUGCCUGUAGCCCUUAACUACUAGGCGAGCUCGGAACCUUUCGAUUGCACCAUCAGGUUUCCGUUUCGUUUUUAGAACCCAUUUAUUACCUAAGACUUUGCAGCCAGGAGGUAAGUCUGUUAGAUGCCAAGUCUUAUUAGCUUCUAACGAUUCCAUUUCAUCUAUAACGGCCUCAUUCCAAAAAUCUGCAUCUACGGAAGUUAAUGCUUCCUGCAAACUUUUUGGAUCUUCGAGGGUGAAUACUGUAGUAAAGUCAUCACCAAAAUCUUUAGAGAUUCUAGCUCUUUUACUUCUUCUGAGUUCAUCCUUAAAACCAACACCCCCACUAGUUCCGUUAUCUCUAAUAGCGGGUAGUACAUUACCCCCACUAUUUCUCGUUUUAAAUGGAAAUCGUGUCUCAAAGAAAUCAGCAUCAAUGGAUUCUAUUAUAGUACGAGCAUUCAAAUCAUAGAAUCUAUAUGCCUUACUAUUGGCCGCAUAGCCAACGAAGACACAUUCAUAUGCUCGACUAGCCAAUUUAAUCCUCUUAGGAUCCGGAAUUCUUACGUAGGCCAAACAGUCCCAUGUUCUUAAAUAGGACAGAUUAGGUGGCUUAUUCUUCAAGAUCUCAUAGGGUGAUUCUUUUCUAUUUGUUUUUAGAAGACGGUUUAGCACAUAGCAAACUGUCAACAAAAUAUCACCCCACCAAGAAGAAGCAGCUCCAGAAUUGAGCAUAAUAGCCACAACUAAUUCUGUAAACGUCCUAUUUUUCCGCUAAGCUUUACCAUUCAUUUCUGGUGAAUAUGGUGCCGUGGUUUCAUGAAUGAUACCAUGUGAGCUAUAGAAUUCCUUGAAGGGAUUAGAGUCAUACUCUGAUCCUCUAUCACUCCUAAGUCUUUUUAUCUUUCGAUUGCACUGAUUUUCAAAUUCAACCACAAAUACCUUGAACAUAUCAAGGGCUUCACUUUUGUUUUUCAUCAAAUAAACAAAGCAAUAAUCAGAGCAAUCAUCUAUGAAAGUGAUAAAGUAUCUCUUGCCAGACCUAGUUAACGUCCCAUCUAGUUCACAAAUAUCAGAAUGAAUAAGAUCUAAGGGUUCUGAUUCUCUAGUCACAGAUUUAUGGGGCGUUUUCGUUAUUUUAGCUUGGGUACAGAAAUCACAUUUAUCAAAUUCAUUCAUUGAGAGUUUAGGGAUAUGUCCUAGCUUGCUUAAAUUCUUCACAAUACGUGUGUUCACAUGACAAAGACGCGCAUGCCAGACAUUCAAAUCACACACCAUGUAAACUGAAGAAUUCAUCUUAUUAAUUUCGACAUUCAACUUGAACAUCCCAUUACAUGCAUAUCCCUUUCCCACAAAACUCCCAUUCUUAGUGAGGGUAUACAAGUCUGCCCCAAUAGAUUGAUUAAACCCAGCCUUAUUAAGAAGAUAUCCCGAAACAAGAUUCUUCCUUAUCUCUGGAGUGUGCAACACAUCCUUGAGCACCAUCUUCUUCCCGGAGGUGAAGUUCAGCUCCACUUCACCAGAACCAGCAACCAUAGUGGUGUGAGUAGUCCCCAACAACACUUUCUUGUCAGCAGGUGCUUCUGUGUAUGUUUUAAACAUAGCACGAUUGUUGCAUACAUGCUUCGAUGCACCUGUAUCCAGCCACCAUCCUUCUGAGUCACCGGUGAGGUUAACUUCAGCGAUUAUUUCUGUGAUCAUGGCUAUCAAAUCCUCUUCUGUCAAGUUAACCCUGGCCGCAACGGCAGGGUUUUGCUUGUUCCGGCACUUCUUUGCCAUAUGACCCGGUUUUCCACAGUUAUAGCAGAUAAAUGGUGGGUCAUUCUUAGAGGUUUGGGCCAUGACCCUUUGGUUACCUCGAGAGGCACCAUUCUGGUGGGGGCGGACCUGCUGGUUCUUACUCUUAAACCCUUUCUGGUUAGGUUUAAGAGCUCUAGGGGUGGGUCGUUUAGCAGUGACGACCAUCACCUCUUCUUUCAUAUCCUGCUUGCAGGACUCUCCCUCAAUCCUUAGGCGUGUAAUCAAGCUUUCCAGUGAAAAUUCUUUGGUUUUGUGCCUAAGCAUAUUCUUAAAAUCUUUCCACGAAGGGGCAGCUUAUCAAUAAUGCAAGCAACUUGAAAUUGAUCGUCCAGAGGCAUUCCUUCAGAGACGAUCUCAUGAGCUAUUUUCUGAAGUUCGUGGGACUGAACUUCGACGGACUUGUCAUCCACCAUCUGGUAGCGCAGGUAGCGGCUGACAGCAUACUUCUUAGCUCCAGCCUCCUCCGUGUCGUACUUCUUUUGGAGCGCAUCCCAGAUCAUCAUCGCGGUGUUCUACUGUCCGCAUAGUAGUCGUAGAGAUCGUCUGCCAGGCCGUUGAGGAUGUAGUUCUUGCACAAGAAGUCAUGCACCCUUUCCCUGGCAGAAGCAGCCCUCUCCUCAUCAGUCGCUUCUUCCGGCAGCUCGACGGGCAUGCUGGUGAGGCAGUGGGCCAGCUUUUUGGUUGUCAGGUAGAACUCCAUCUUUUGCCUCCAGUGACGGAAGUUGACCCCAACGAAGCGAAAGGGUCGAUUGAUAUCGACAGCACCAGAUCCGGCCAUGUUGUUCUGUUCAGUCGACAUAGCAGCAGCCGAACGUCUUAAAAUUGUUAGGAACGGAACAACAAAAGGAACGAGGUUACCGAAUCUGGAGCUGAGUCGCGGACUAGGUCGCUCUCUUUAAGACGUUCGCGGCACUGCCUUCGAUGCGCACGGCAGACUAUCAACCGGUCGUCUCCAGGAUAAAACAGCUCCUCUCAAUACUCGCGGUUUUGUGCGAAAAUCGAAGCUCUCUAAACACUCUCUCUAUUGUGUUUCUGCUCGUUGUCAUGUGAUUAGAGGGGCUGGGGAGGCGGCUAUUUAUAGGAGCCGAACCCCUAGGAAUAUACCCUCUUGCUUGGGGAAUAAGUCGGAUUAAUUAAGGAAGAUAAUUACUUCCUUAAUUAAAACCGUCGGUUAAGAUAAACCCGGAGGGAUUAUCCUUUGAAUAUUCCGUUUUAGUCGAUUAUCCUUAGGAAUAUACCUCAGAAUAACCGAUUAAUAAUUAAUUAUUAGAUAAUCAAUUUCGUUCGGAAUUUCUCCAAAAAUAUAUAUAUAGUCUCAAGUGAACCAACCAACCAACGGACCGACCGGCCGGUCGCUCGGACGGACGGACGGCGCGCGCGCGCGUGUGUGGUGGUCCGUUAGGUCCUCCCUCUCCCACAAAAGUGGGUCACCCCAAGGGGCAUGCCCUUGGGAGAGAGGCUCCUAUCUUUAUACACAUUUCACCAAGUAAAACUACCAAUGUGGUAGUUUUUCCACUAGAGACUCUAUAGCUUUCAAAGCUAUUCAUUUAGAUUUCCAACAGCCUCUGCCGACCACAACCGCUGCAGAUUCAAAGACCGUAGGACCCUCGUUCGAGAAGGAAGGGGCGUAUGCGGGGCAGAAAGAUUUUGAUAUGAAGCUGGACCUUACCUCUCAGGUCGCUGGGGAGACCCCACCGGCCCCGGCGUUAGAGGAGUCGGUGCAGGUAUGUCCAGAAUUCCUCCGCCUCCAAUGGUAGUUCGCUGGAUCGGAAUGAAGAGGUCAAUUGGAUGUUUAGAAAAAGGAAGCUGGAUGCGUGGGGUGAUGGCGAGCCCCCGUCGCUGUUCAAGAAGGAUUCGUCGACGGAGAAAGAGACAACGCAGGGCUCGCCGAAGAGGGGAAAGGGUGUGGCGACUCCAAUCGAGCAAUUGAAGACGACCCUGGUGGCGGCUUCGAAUGAAGGGAAGGCACGGCCGCAGACAAGACUGGAAUUCAGCUCGUUGCGAGAGGAGAAGAUGUUGCUGGAGUACCAGUGGAAGAAGAAAUCGACGGAGACGCCGCCAUCCACUAGAAGGGAGAGAACCGCAACGAAAGAAGAAGCGGAGCUAUGGGUAGAAGGAGGAGGUGACACCACCUCUCUCUCCAACCCGAAGUCGCUAAACGAGCUCCGAAUUGCGCGCGCCAUCGCGAAGAUGAGCAAGGAAGAGUGCGGCGUCUCUCUCUCUCUCUCUCUCUCUCUCUCUCUCUCGAUUGAGGGCAAAACCCAGUCGCUGUUGAAGAGGAAUCCAUUGGGGAUGGAGAAGGAAAGAGGUGGUGUUAAGCAGCCUCGCGCAGCGGCGGAGGGGAGAACUGGGCAGGCAACGAGUACGGCUGCCGACCAGCUGGGGGUUCGUCUAUGGCUGGAGAAGGAGUCGUCGGAGAAGGAGGUGACGGCGGAGGGAACGAAGAGGGAGGGCAUUGGCUCUCCUUUCUCAAACCCUAGUUCACGUCCCUUGUGAGUCAAAGUCGGUUGGGCCGCACAACUUGACAAGAUUCGGUGUGUUUUAGUGAUCUUUGGGCCCAACUAAGUAAUGAGUGGGCUGCAUGAGGGUUUGGUUGUUGGCUGAUGGGAGCCCAGCAGAACGGAUUGAGGCUUGAAGUAAAGUGGGUUGAGGAAGGGAGUUGUCACAGGCCCAAGAAACGAGAGUCUGAUGGAGUGCAAGCAAUUGAUGGGCUAGGGUCUCAAAGGGAACUUGAGCCCAAAUUAUUUUGUUUAGUUGAAUCUAUCCUAUAUUGUGUGGACUUGGAAUAAAAGAAAGAUGGAUUC